AUUCUCUCUCUCCCGACACGCACGAGGGAGCGAAAAUUAAAAAAAAAAAAAAACCAGAAUUUAUUUAUUUUUGGGGUUAAAUAAUCCAGUAGGUUCUAGAUUUAAAUUAUUAAAAAAAGCUAAAAUCGCGUAGAUAUUUCUGUUCUUUUUAAAAAGAAAACCGCUUUUUUACCGGAAGUUUACAUUUUUAAAGCAACUCUGUUUAUAGAAGGCAGUUAUUGGUUUCCUUUCUUUAGCAGCACAACAAUCAGUUCUUUUCUCUUAAUUCUAGGGUUUUAUCUGAUCACUAUAAUCUAAUCCAUCAGUUUCCUCUGCCUUUUCUGCUUCUCUAAAGAUCCUUUUGUUUCGUUUUGAGGUAUAAGACUUUUAACAGUUGGAGUUGGAUAUGGAAAUGGCUUUGAGCAAAGUACUCCGUACUUCUUCAUUGAACUUGAAUCACGGUGGAGUAAAUGAGGAGGAAGAGUUACGGUUAGGGUUUGUGAGACGCUCGCUUGGAUUAGGGAGGAAAAGGGUCGGCAUAUCAAAUGAUAUGGAGGAUUUUUCGCCUCUUGAUUUCUCUGCAACCAAACUUCCACUGUUGAAAAGGCAAUGCAGCGAGAGGAUAGUCAUGAUGGUGACGUUUGAUGAUUACCAUGAAAAAUCAUCUCUUGAAUCACUUCCUCAAGAUCUUCUUAUUAGGAUUAUUUGUGGUGUGGACCAUGAAGAUUUGAAGCGACUUUUAAUUGUUUCCAAAUCAAUCAGAGAAGCUACUGUAAUUGCAAAGCAGUUGCAUUUUGCUUAUAGCACACCAACAAAGGUCAAGGCUUUUCGAACAUCCAUUGAUUUCGAGGAACCAAGUGAAUUAGACGAGAUUGAAGCUCCAAAUGCACCGAGGCAAUGGAGGUCUCAUAGGUCAAUCAACCGGAAUAAACUGGCUGAUAUUUCAGUGGCAUUGUUUGCUUGAUACGAAGAAGAUUGUAAAUAGCCUGUAGAAAUAGUAGUAGUUGUUGUAGAUUAAAAGGGGAUUGAUUAGUGGAUCUGGUUGUCGGAUCAUUGUACAUGGGGUAAGAUUCUAGACAAGCAAUUUCUUCAAAUGUUUCGUUGAAGAUACAUGGUUGCUUUUUAGCUCGUUUUUGUAUCUUUGUGUACAUGAUAGAAAGAAAGGGGGAUUUCAGAUUCCGGUGUAUUUGUUUGGAGGGCAAUCUUUACCCUUCUGAUUUGAUAAAGUUGAUUCUAAUAAUAUAAUAAGUGCAGACAUUUCCUCGUAUAA